AGCAGAAAUGAUAUGAUGGUCGACUGCGAUCCUGAUCUAAAGCCAUCCGUUGCUGAAAAUCUUGAGCACCUGGUUAACCGCCUGGAACUAUUGGUUGAACGUUUGGAGCGUUCAGUGUCGGCGCGUGAAUUAGAAAUUGCGAAUCGCACAUUCGAUACGGUCCGAGCGAAGAAACGAGCAAGUUUCGAUCUAGAGAGCACAGAAUUACCGCCUUUACCCGUCGAAUCACUAACAGAGCAACUAUCACAGCAGACGGAGAAUCUAAACGAUCGCAUUGGAAAGAUAGAAACCACACUAAAUCGCAUUAACGAUCGGCAUAGCAGCAGUUUAAGUACUAGCAUUAGUCAAUAUAGUCAGCAGCACAGAGAGCAAUACCAACAACCACAACAGAAAGAGGGUAGUCUCGAAAAUAUACCGACUGUGCUUGAAGACUAUCAAGAGUCACCGCGUCCAUCAGCUGUUCCCACCAGCACAUUUAAAACUGACGAAGACUCCUUGCAGUUGCUGCCGCCGCCACCACCCAGCAUGAGUGUAAUAGGUUUUCAGGAUAUUAUCAGCGGUCCGCUGAACCAAUAUUUAGCGCUUUCCGCGAAAAUCGGUGGUGAUGUAGCCAAGCAUGCCCAGUUGGUUAAAUUGGCCUUUAACGCUCAACUGCAAUAUGUUACAUUGGCCACACAAUGCUUCAAACCAAGUCAGGAUAAGCUGAUGGAAUUGCUAAAACCAACUUCGACUCAAAUCAGCGCCAUCCAGGAUUAUCGUGAGAAAAAUCGUGGUUCGCCAUUUUUCAACCAUCUAUCGGCAAUUAGUGAGAGUAUCGCAGCGUUGGGCUGGGUUUGUGUGGCACCCACACCCGGACCGCAUGUGAAGGAAAUGAACGAUGCCGGUCAAUUCUAUACCAAUCGUGUUUUGAAAGAGUGGAAAGAUAAAGAUGCCACUCACGUAGAAUGGGCACGUUCAUGGAUUCAAACAUUGACUGAAUUGCAAGCAUAUAUUAAGCAGUAUCAUACAACCGGACUAGUGUGGUCCGGUAAGGGCGCUGCACCUGCAAGCGGGGCUGCACCACCACCACCACCAAUUGGUGGCUGUCCACCUCCACCACCACCACCAGCAUUCGAUAUAGGCGCGUUGUCAUUGGAAGAUGGUGGCGCAGAUGAACGCAGCGCUCUUUUUGCUGAGAUCAAUCAGGGCGAGGCUAUUACGAAAAAUUUGAAGAAAGUUACAGCUGAUAUGCAAACUCAUAAGAAUCCAACAUUGCGUACUGGUCCAGCGCCAUUCAAGACACCCACGCAAUUCGGUGCGUUCGCUGCAGGUGCAGGACCUAAACAAGCUGCAGCAAAAGAACCAGUAUUUACACGUGAUGGCAAAAAAUGGUUGAUUGAGUAUCAACGCAACAAUCCCAGUCUGCUAGUGGAGAAUGCGGAAAUGAACAAUGUGGUUUAUAUGUUUAAAUGUGAGGGUUCAACUUUAACUGUUAAGGGAAAAGUAAAUAAUGUCGUCUUGGACUCUUGUAAAAAGUGCUCAUUACUCUUUGAUUCGGUAGUAGCAUCUGUGGAGUUCGUAAACUGCCAAAGCGUCCAGAUGCAGGUUCUUGGCUUUGUACCAACUAUUUCCAUUGAUAAAACUGAUGGCUGCCAAAUGUUUUUAUCAAAAGACUCGCUCGGCGUAGAAAUUGUUAGCUCCAAGUCUUCCGAAAUGAAUGUUAUGCUUCCUCAAGCCAGUGGCGAUUAUACCGAGUUAGCUGUACCGGAGCAAUUCAAGACGACCAUUUCAGGAAAAUCUCUGAAGACUAUUUGCGUCGAAAGUCUUGGCUAAAAUAAUGGAGUGCAGCAGAUGGAUGCAAAUGGCUGAUACUUUUCAUCAUAGGCAUAUCUAAUAAUAUAUUUACAGCUAACUAAACAUACAUACAUACAUGUUUAUAAAACAAUUUUGCUACUCCAAACUAAUUUUUUAUAUCAUAAAUCCGAAUUCUGAAGUAUCCAUAAUAUCGAGUGCAAAAAAUAAUAAUUCGAUACACAUACAUGAGCUUCAAAAGUAGAAGGAAGAUAAACAAUAUAAGUCUACAGUUGCUUGCAUUGUAACUUGAAUGUAUUAUAAAGGAAACCACUUAAAUGGA